GCCAAUGGCGGCGGGCGGCUCACGGCGCAGGCGCUUCCUGCGGAAAGCGUCUCCUCGGGAUUCGCGGCUUCACGCCGGCGCAGUCCGUGACGACUAUGGCUCGGAGACCUCCGCGGAACUUCCGCCAGCGCCCGGCCGACUCCGGCUCCAGCUCUGACCCCGACUCUGACCCCAGGCCCAGCUCCGAGCCGGGCCUCGGCCGCGCUGCCCAGCGCGCCCCCGGGGCUCCGCGGAGUCGGGGCCGCGCCCGCGUGUGGGCGACGUCGCGCCGCGAAGGCCCCUCCCCUUCUGGACGCGGCCCCCCAGAUGUGUCCGGGGCAGGAGAAGGCCCCCCAACGUCUCCGGAGGCCGAUGGCGGCUCCCCAGGGAGCCUGGUGGACCCGACGCGAGCCCGGGCGGCCCGAAGAAGGCUCCGGAGGGGGCCCGAGGCGCCGGGGGACUACCUGCCGCUGAGCGGGGGCCCCCCCAGCAGCACUGACUCUGAGGAGGAGCCGGCUCCCGGGGCAGCAGAGACCCCAGGCUCUGGCAGUGGAAGCGAGGAGGCUCAGGACGCUUGGGAAGCACAGCAGAUGAGGAAAGCCCUGCGAGCCCCAGACCUGGGACCCGAGCCUGGACUCCCCCACGACCAUCCCCCGGGCAAGAGAACGUGGGACCUGCCCGUGUCCCUGCCCCCUGUGAACUUGGCAAUCAUCAAGAAGCAGCUCAACAGUCGGUUGGCCUCCCUGGAGGGCGUGCACCGUUCCCACCAGAGGGAGUACGAGAGACGCCUGCAGGACGUGGUCAGCGCUAAGACCGCUGUUGCGGAUCUCGAGAAGGCGCCAGAUCCCGCGCCCAGCUGUGCCUUCUACAGGGCCAUGAAGGCCUACCUGGCGGCCCUGGUUGACUGCCUCCAGGAGAAGAUCGGGGCCAUUCAGGAGCUAGAGGCGGCCAUGCAGUUGCUCCUCCAGGAACACGCCGCCGCCUUCUGGAAGUGGCGACAGGUGGAGCUACGCGGCAAAGCCGCGCACUUACAGCAGCUGGCAGCCAGCAUGACGGAUGAUGCCCCGGCAGAGGGUGGUGUUGGAGCUCAGAACGUCCUAGGAGAGCCUGCUGUCUGGAGUAUGCAGAAAACACAAGCCAUCGAGAGCCCUGGCAUGUCUCGGCAUCAGGAAGGUGUGUCCGGUAGUGAUGGCGAGGACAGUGAGUCUCCAUCAGAGGGAGCCGACUUCCGGGAGAGGCGAGGGGCUAUUUUACAAAACUGCCACAGUAUUUUUGAAGAUGUCAAUGAGGAAUUUUCUGAUGUCCAGAAGAUUUUGCUGAAAUUCCAGCAAUGGCGAGAGCAGUUUCCUGAUUCCUAUUAUGAAGCUUAUGCCAGUCUCUGCUUACCCAAACUUUUGAGUCCUUUCAUAAGGAUUCAAAUGAUGGAUUGGAACCCUCUUAAGCCGGACUGCGUCAGUCUGCAGCGGAUGCCAUGGUUCCAGUCCCUGGAGGAGUUUGCCAACAGCGGGGUGGUGGCUCAGAGAGACAGCCCUGACAAGGAGAUCCUACCAGCUUCUCUGGACAAGACGGUCCUUCCUCACAUCACAGGUUUUGUCCGGUUCCUUUGGGACCCUCUGUCCACGCCACAGACCAGAAGCCUCGUGGAGCGCUGCAGGGAGGUCCUCAGCCUUUGCCCAGCUCCGAGGGGCAGGAAGGCCGCCUGCCGAGGUGGGGCUGCACGCCUGGUACUCCGGGCCCUGGUGGCGCUGAAGAAGGCAGUGGAGGAUGACGUCUUUAUUCCCCUCUAUCCAAAAAGGGUCCUGGAGGACAGAGAGUCCCCGCACUCCAGGUUCCAGGAGCGGCAGUUCUGGUCGGCUGUGAAGCUCCUGGGCAAUGUGGCUCUGUGGGAGGGCCUGGUCCCGGAGGGGGCCCUGCGGGAGCUGGCACUGAACAAGCUGCUGAAUCGUUACCUGGUCAUCGGCCUCUCCAGCACGUGCCCUGGGCCAGGGCUGGCCACCAAGUACCGCGGGGUGGUGGAGAGUCUCCCCCAGAGCUGGCUCAGUGGGGACCCCGUGGGGACCCCCAUUCCCCAGCUGGCCAACCUGGUGCUGACACUGGUGCGGGCGGCACAGCAGCUGCAGGACCAUGAGCUUGGGUCCGAAGUGCAAGAGAUGGUGCUUCUCCUGGUGGAGAUGAAGGCGACGGCACAGGCCCGAGCCUUCGUGGAGAGGAACGGGCUGGAGCAGCUGAGGUCCUGCCUGAACGGACUGCAGUGACCCCCACCCCUGUACCUGUAGCCAGUUGGUGCUUAAUAAAUGUUUAUUGUACA